UGAAUGAAGCCGAGAGAGUCGCCCAGACCUGACGAUUCCUGUCAGCUAGGUUAUCUACAUAGCUUUUCAGUAGUGUCGAUUAUUGUUUUAAAGAGGAUUUUGCCUUCACUUCAGGUCAGAAUUCAGCUGUGAAUGUGGACCAUCUGAGAUGAUCUGGCGUGUGGCGGCGCUGAGUUAUGUCUUUAAGAGAGUCUCCUUUCCCCAAUGGUUUUUUGGAGGGUCUCCAUGCAGUAGGAUGGGGUCUAAUCUUCCCGUGUUUCUGGUUCCUGGACCGCCUGAUCGCCGUCUGCGUCUCCACCACACUGGAGCGCAUGUGGAGGCACGAGCAAGAGUGCUACCUCCAUCCUCUUAAACUCAUCUUCGGCUCCAUCCUCUUCUUCAUCCUAUUCAUCAUCUCCACCCCAUUUGCAUUUUUGGGAUUCAUACUAUGGGCUCCACUGCAAGCAAUACGCCGACCGUUCUCAUACCACAAACAAGAGCAAAGCAUUCCCAUGGAAAACCGCAAUGCACGAUGGGAAGAGAUGGGGAAAAUCAGCUUUGGGUUUUUGACUGCAAACGUAUGCCUGCUUCCUGAUGGAAUUGCAAGGUUUAAUAAUCUCGGACAUACCCAAAAACGUGCGUUGAUCAUCGGGAAAAGCAUCGUCCAAGGUGUAACCCGUCCACACAUUCGGAUAUUUGUUGACUCUCCGAGUAGCUGUGGGACGGUUACUCCUUCAAGUAGUUUGAUCCCACAACCGAAUGCAUCUUCAUACGGAUCUGUGGAUGCUUCCGUAGAACCUCCCGAUGCAAUUGAAGCCAACGAAGCGACUCCAAAACCCAAUUGCAACCAAAACUCCAACCACCAAAAGCAUCCGCCUCGAUCUUUGCGAACUCUUCAACGAGAUGCUGAUGUACCAAUGGAAGUGUCCGCGUUAUUCCCGCCGUCUGUGGAUAUCGUUUGCCUUCAGGAGGUUUUCGAUAAAAGAGCUGCUCUGAAGCUGACGCAAGCUCUCGGACCGCUGUAUGGACACGUUCUCUACGAUGUUGGAGUUUACGCAUGUCAUCCUGCUGGAUCGUGCUCUUCUUUUAAGUUUUUUAAUAGCGGUUUGUUCCUGGCUAGUCGCUUUCCGAUUGUGGAGGCUGAGUAUCGAUGCUUUCCUAACGGCAGAGGAGAAGAUGCGCUGGCAGCCAAAGGACUGCUCACUGUAAAGGUGGACACUGGCUUACAGAAGGGUGAGAAGCGAAUGGUCGGCUUUAUAAACUGCACUCAUCUCCACGCUCCUGAAGGCGAAGGGGCGAUUCGUUUCGAGCAGCUCAACAUGUUGAGCAAGUGGACGAGUGAGUUUCAGACGCUGAACAGACGAGAUGAUGAGCUGCUGCUGUUUGAUGUGCUGUGUGGAGACUUCAACUUCGACAACUGCUCUCCUGAUGACCGAUUGGAGCAGAGCCACAGUCUGUUUGAUGAAUAUACAGAUCCAUGUCGAGCCGCAGCAGGGAAGGAGAAGCCCUGGGUCAUCGGAACAUUACUGGAGCAGCCAACACUCUAUGAUGAGAACAUGAGGACACCAGACAACCUGCAGCGGACUCUGGAGAGUGAAGAUCUGCGUAAGGACUUUAUUUCUCCACCGGUUGCGCUUGAUGGUGUCCCUCUGGUUUAUCCUGAAGCCGAUCAGCCCUGGAUCGGCCGACGCAUCGAUUAUCUGCUGUAUCGAGAGAAAUCCGGGCACAGAACCGAAGUGGAGGAGCUGACAUACGUGACUCAGCUGGCCGGACUGACGGAUCAUAUUCCAGUGGGCUUCAGACUCUCGGUGUCUCUGGAUUCAGAGCAAAACUGAGGAACAUUACAACACCACCUCUGAUCAGCAAUUCACUCAAAUAAUUCACCCAAAAUCUGCAUCUCGUUAUUAUUCAUUCACUGUCGCGUGGGUUUAGAAUAACAAGAGCCAGAGGGAAUCAUUUUGAGUGAAUCAUUUUCUCCAAAGUCCAUCAAUAUAAGGGAAGACACUAGUUUUUUUAAUGCUCGGCAUGUGGAGAAACACCAAAUAUCACUUUGUAAAUCACUAUAUGAACAAAAGCAAUAGUCUCUGACACUCUCUCCUAUGCAUUACACACACACACGCUUCAAUUCUGUUUUCUAUGACACUUUUUCAUGACAGAAUGAU